AUCACGUAUUACGACAUGCUCUAACGUUUGGCCUAGUACUAAUAGUAAUAGGCCCAACUUUACAUCUUACAAACGAUAACUUGUAAAGUCGGGAACUUAGCAGGUGACAUCUGAGCGGUAACCUAUAAUCUGUAGUGACACAGUAGUAGUUAGCGUAACUAAUACUAAUCAUUAAUGUCGCAUUAGUGAUUCAUCAAAUUUUUACUGUUACCAGAUGUCCAGAAUAAAAAAACUUGCUGGGCAGAUCUUCACAUCUCAGUUCCUAAGGCUGCCCAAUGACAGGUUAAGAAAACAUAGCAGAGAAAAAGAGGGAACAUUGUAAAGUAUUGUGUCUUUCUCAGUGCUACCAUAAGGUACAAGUUUUCCUUGUAAAAAUGCCUAACCUCAUUGUGGAUGGAAUUAACAUAUCAGAAUUAACAGACCAGCAGUUGUUUAUGUCACUCAGAAAUGCUGGAGUAGAUGUAGGGCCAAUUACUGGUUCAACAAGAGCUGUUUAUGAAAGAAAACUGGCUCGUAUCCUUCAAGGUGAAAGUUAUUCUGAUGAUCCAUUUGAAAACGAAUUUGAUGAGAAUCAGUGUUCUAUAACAGAUGAAAGAGCUUGGACAAGUAUAAUACAGGUAACACACAGACGACCAGUGUCAUCAACCGACAGUCCUCAAUCAGUAGAUCAUCAUAGUAGUCCAGUUUAUGGCCAGAAAAGGUUGGAUGAUGAUGAUGGUUUUGCAUCAGGUAACUUAAGAAGUAUACAAAAUGUUGAACAGCCCUCAUCAACAAGAUCCCAGCUAGUUUUUUUGUGUUUCUCAAUGAAAACAGUCAUUAUAGCAGCAGUUCUGAUCGUAAUUGUUCUGUUAUAUCUGAAUGCUUAAAACCUUGUGAGCAUCAGCAUUCCGGACAUUUAACAAUUGCGUAAUGAUUGUCAUUUAUGCUUAACAUAUUAAUACUUACAUACAGUUUAUUAAAAUAUUUUGAAGUUUGAUCAAAGUCAGCAUGGUUUCAGUUUUGUUAUCUUCUAAUGUGAAAACAUAUAUAUGCAAACAUGUAACACAUAAAAUUGAUGCAUAAAGGAACAAUUGUAAAAAUAGAUAAACAUGUGAAGUAAUUAGCUGUUCAGUCUAAAAUGAUCUUUUAUCCAUUUUCAUCAUUCAUUUUUUAUUUCCCCACAUACUAUAUUUUUGUUGGAUUAGCUUGCAUUGUUUUGGCUCUGUUUAAAACAGUUUGUGCCUUAACUGAGUAAAAUGGUAUUUGAUACAGCAGAUGUAUUUAUUUGGAUUAAAUAGCUUGUAAUUAAAGAACAAAUACAGAAA